AGAAGCGGCGGUCUUUUCCUCUCGGCAGGCCUCACGCUGUGCCAUCGCAGCUCCGCUUUUCUCCAUUAUUACUCAGAGUCGGUCUUACAGCCCAAAGAGUGGCGGCUCUGUCUUGUCCGACUGCGUCACGCGUGAAUCCGAGUGACGCGAAAGGCUGUUCACAAAAUCAGUACAACAGAUGAUCGCUGUUUCCACAUUUCGCUACAGUACCGCGGAGCACAAAGUCUUUUUCCUCUUAACUAAUCUUCUCCACUUGUGGAAGCAGCAGAGACGGGGUGUGGAGUCUCUCGCACAGACACCAUGGACACGUCCACCGUCCCUGGAAGCCGUAUUUCAUCCCACAACGACUUGCACGGGAAUCGCACGGAUAGCGAACUCUGCCGAGCACAACAGCGUACGUGCAAAGCUUGUACGCCACAGAGCCGUGCCACUUCCGGCACCGCAACAACAACGGCGGGAGUAGGUAGCAGAAUAAAGGAAGCCUUUACACGGCGCCACCUCGGGCAGUCGCCAUGGGAGCAAGACGAGCAACGGCCAAUGAGUCCGUUACCUUGGGAUGCACCGGGGAGGGAAGGGAAGUCUCUGCCUCCCGCAAAAGACAAAAAAGCGACACAAACCGCAACGUCACGUGUCGCUUCUCCGAUCGACAUGGAGUCCUUGCUGGGCCUCGACGGCAGAACGGCGUCGACCCCCUCUACGGAAGACGGCAUCGUGUCCCAAGAAAGGGCGGUCGCUCUAGCGGAACGGCAAACGCUGAAGAAGGUCGACGUGUAUUACAUGACUGCUGCUCUCGCCACUCCUCCUUCCGAUCCUGCUACGUGUAGCUGCAGUAGCAGGUCCAGCAGCUCACGCUCGAUAGCGGGCGAGUAUGGCUUUUUCACCCCGACACCCCAAGGGGAGACACACGAGUCCCGUCAGAGUUCUCAUCGUCGGUCCCCUGAUGUCGAUCUCACUCAGGUGCUUCAAAAGACCACUAAGGGGCGGCUGCAGGACAAGACUUCGACGAACGCGCAGUCCUCCUACACGGCGAGGCCCGUGUCUCCAGAUCGCUGUGCGUUGUGCGGCAGUCACCGGUACACGGGUGGGGGACGCGGCAGCGUUGAAGUGGAAGCCACAUCGAUGACCGCACGACCACUGCCGCUGUUGACGUUGUUAGGUAGCGCCCCGCAUGAGCCGAACACCGCCACCAAAGCUGAUAGGGGGAAACUGGCGGAUCAAAGUGGGGAGUACGACCUGGCAAUGUUCGCGGACAGCCGUGACAGCUUCCUCUCUCUGCUGUCUGCCGGCACCGGUCUCCCGGAUCAGCACGUGACGACACCCUCCAAGAAAAGUACAGCGGGACAAAUAAGCGACCUAGACAGUAUUCGCACAGAGAGCGUACUCGACGGGGUACUCCUACUGAGCCCCCGGUCUUCGACAGAGGGACAUGCUACCGCUGCCAGCAGUUCACCGAUGGAUGUGACGAGGACACGGUCCAGCCCAAGUCAGCCGCGACCAGUGCCGAGUUCCUUCUCUGACUUCAACACUACCGGACUGAGCAGCUUUCUGAAUAACAGCGCGGAGUUUAGAAAUACUUCUCGCCGUGAGGGCACCGCAGGUGCAACGACAAAUCGGAUGGGGACCGACACCACGAAACCGGACGAAGAAGUCGGCAACGCCACUGCUGCGGUCGCCAUCGAGAGGGGGCUGACAGGCAACGACUCGGACACAGCACUGAGGGAAAGGAUAGCAAACGCACCCCCUCCGCUAAAGCAGCGCACGGUGCAAGAGCGUAAGAACUACAAAGAGGGCAACGAAGGUGCCAAGGGCAAAGAUCAUCUCGUGGGAGCACCCAGCAAUCACUCCGGCAUCCUCGUCGGCAGCAAAGUGUCUCCUCUGGCAGCGGCGAAGAGUCGAUGCCGCAUAGUGACGAUUAUUGAACCACCACGGCCGUCCGCGCCGCUGCCGCGCAAAUACCACAUGAUGAAGGCGCGGAACGGAGCGAGUCUUCGUCCUUCUUCUGCUCCUUCUUCUCCUUCUCCGCCGUUCGCCCAUUCACCUUGCUCACCGAGCGGCACCAAGACGCAAGGUGUCCUGUCUCGCUUUGCCACCCUCAUUGGAGUUCCACGGCAUCCACCAUCGCUGCCGCAGAGUUCGCAUCACCUUCCGCCCGUGUACAACACCAGCGUGGACAAUCCUCACCGACAAAAUCUCUAG